AUCUAUGUGACUUGAUUAACAAGUAAAUGAUGAGGCAGAAUCUCAAAAAAGUUGAACAGAUCAAACAAGACAAAUCUUUGAAGAUGUUUCCUUAUGUCUUCGGUUUGAAUAAUUCUUCUGGGAGCAGCGCAAAGAGAUCGAAGCCUAAGCUUAUCUACCUUCUUCUCUUCACUCUUAUCUCAAGUUGUUUUGUCUUUGCUCCUUACCUCUUUUAUUUCCCUUACCCCUCUGCUCUGUCUCUCAUCGAUUCUUCAAUAAAAGAGAUUGAAGACCAGGUUUCACAUAACAUUACAGAACCUCCCAAGCCGGCAAAAAAAGAGAUUGAAGACCAGGUUUCACAUAACAUUACAGAACCUCCCAAGCCGUCUAAAAAUGAAGGGAGCAUAUUAUGUGACAGAACCGGUUAUCGUUCAGACAUCUGUUCAAUGAAAGGCGACAUCAGAACACACUCUCCUUCGUCCUCCGUCUUCCUCUACACCUCCAGUGAUGAUCAUGUCUCACAAGAAAUAAUCAAACCAUACCCAAGAAAGUGGGAAACUAGUAUAAUGGAUACCAUCGGUGAGCUGAAACUUGUGAAGGUUUCUGGCGAUAAGCACAGCUGCCAAGUGAUCCAUGAAGUGCCAGCAGUGAUAUUCUCUACGGGAGGAUAUACUGGAAACCUCUACCAUGAGUUCAACGACGGGCUUAUACCUUUGUUUAUAACAUCCAAACGUUACAACAGAAAGGUUGUCUUUGUGAUUGCUGAGUAUCACAAGUGGUGGGAGAUGAAGUACGGAGAUGUAAUCUCUCAGCUCUCUGACUAUCCUCUUGUUGAUUUCACCAAAGACAAGAGAACUCACUGCUUCAAGGAAGCAAUCGUUGGUCUUAGUAUCCAUGGUGAGUUAACAGUGGAUCCUUCUCAGAUGAAAGACGAUAGAACAACCAUCACUGAGUUCAAGAACCUACUUGAUCAAGCUUAUAGACCAAGAAUCAACAUACUGGACGCCGCGGAGGAGCGUCGGUUCCACGGAAAAGCAGCAAAGAGAAGAAAAGCUAAGAAGCCUAAACUAGCUUUGUUCUCAAGAACCGGGUCUCGAGCCAUAACAAACGAGGAUCUGAUGGUGAAACUGGCUCAGAGGAUAGGGUUUCAAGUCGAGGUUUUGAGACCUGACAGAACAACGGAGCUAGCCAAGAUCUACAGAGUGCUUAACUCAAGCACUGUCAUGGUUGGAGUACAUGGAGCAGCAAUGACUCAUUUUCUGUUCAUGAAACCUGGAGGUGUCUUCAUUCAGAUCAUUCCACUAGGGACAGAUUGGGCAGCAGAGACAUAUUACGGAGAACCGGCAAAGAAGCUUGGUCUAGACUACAUUGGUUAUAAAAUUCUUCCAAGAGAGAGCUCAUUGUCUGAUCAAUAUGAUAAAAACGAUCCAAUCCUAAGAGACCCAAGCAGCAUCACUCAGAAAGGGUGGCAAUUCACAAAGGGGAUAUACUUAACCAACCAGCAAGUAAAGUUAGAUCUCCGGAGAUUCAAGAAGAUUUUGACUGAUGCUUAUGCAAAAUCAAAUAGAUGACCUGCAUGCAAUGUGCUUCACAAGUUGUUGUUGUUGUUGUGACUGUAUAGUCUGCAAAAAGUACAGUAAAUGAAAAGUUCUUUGUAAAGAUUUAAAAUGUGACCGUGACAUUAAUGAAUUCAAUGUUUCAGAUGCUAA